AUGAAGUUGAAAUAUCAUUUAUUUUUUCUUAUAAUUUUUAUACAAGACAUAUUAUGUUUCAAGUAUGAAGAUUAUAUAAAGUCUUUGCCAGCAGCUUUUCAUACUUCCAAGGGUGAUAGUAAAAAGGAUGAGCUAGGGAUAGAAAAGAACAAAGAAGAAAAUGUUAAUAAUAAUAAUAAUAAUAAUAAUUAUAAGGUUGGUAUGAAAGAUAUUGUAAAUAAGAUUUCAAACAAAUUAAACGAGGAGAAUAAAAAUAAUAAUUCUUAUGAUAAAUAUGAUUGUAAUGAUGAUGGUGAUAAUAAUAGUUCUAAUAGUUUAUUUCAUAAAAUGAUGUGCACCUUUAAAAAGAAGUUAUUUAAAAAUGAACAAGUCAUAGAAAAAGAUAUAAAAAAUAUAAAGAAAGAUGUGAUAGAUUUAAAAGAAAAUGUUGUUAAAGAUAGUUCUAAUAUAACUAAACAUACUAAUAUAUUGAAAGAUGAUAUUACAAGAAGUUCAAAUUAUUUUUUCAAUUUAUUUAAAAAAUCAUUUAAUGAAGAAAAAGAAAAUGUUAAUAAAUUGAAUGAAGAUAAUUUAAAUAAAUUAAAAAAUUUACCAGAUAGCCAUUUAUUUUUUUCAAAACUUUUAUUAACACUAUCUCAAAAAGAUGAUAAAGACAAAAAUAAAAAUACACAUAUAAACAAUUAUUAUAAUAAUAAUAAUAAUAAUAUGAAUGAUGAAACAGAUAAGAAUACAAAUCUUUUACAAAAUAUUCUAUCUUACAUAAAAAAUUUUAAACACAAAGAUGAAAAUAAUAAUAUAAAAAAAGAAAACGAUUUUUUUCAUUCAUUUUAUAUACAUAAUGAAACAAAUAAACAAAACAACUUAAAUGAUCAGAAAUAUUCAUGGUGGUUUACAAAUAAACAUGAUGAAAAAAAAAAUCUAAACAAUGAUCUUAACCUUUUAUAUAAUAAUUCAAAUAAUUCAUUUAAUUCAAUAUUAAAUCAAAAUCAAACAGAUCAUGAAAAUUUACCUGAACAAGUCAGGAAAAAAAACUCACAAGAAGAAAAUAAUAAAUUGUUUGAUAUGUUGAGGAAAUAUUUGUAUAAAAAUGAGAAAAAUGACAUGAACGAUAAUAAUAAAAAUAACAUUAAUGUAGAUGAUAAUAAUUUGGAUGAUUUACACAACGUUGACCAUAAGAACAAUAAAUUUUCUUUUUUAAAUUAUUGGAAUGAUAAGCAUGAUAGGGGUGAUAAGGAUAUGUCAAAGGAAGGUCAUUUCAAUGAUCAUUCAGAGGAUAGCAAUAAUAACAAAAUGGAUGAUCAAAAGGAUGAUGAAAAUAAAAAAUUUAAUAUUUUUACGUAUUUUAGAAAGAAUAAGAACAAAUAUGAAGAGGAGUUAAAUAAAAAUAAAAUGGAAAUAAACACGAACAUGAACAUGGAAGAUGUUAACAAGGUGGGUGAUGAUUCGAGUGAUGAUACAAAUGAUGAUACAAAUGUUGGUUUAAGUGAUAAUGCGAGUGAUGAUAUGACUAAUAAUUUGAACAAUAAUCUAAAUAAGAACAAGAUGAAUAAGGUAGAUGAGGACCCUAAAGGAUUUGUUUUAGACUUAGUAAAGAAUUAUUAUGACAAUAAUAAAAAUGUAGAUAAUAUAAAUUAUUCUUUAUUAUUAACAUCUGACAAAGAAACCAAUGAAAAUAUUAAUUAUCAUCCAUUGGUGAAAUUUAAGAGCUGUCUAAUGAAUUGUUUUAAUGAAAUUAAUAAUAAAGAGAAAAAUGUUGAGAAUGAAAGUUAUCUAUCACUUGAUGAUUAUAAAAUAUUAGAAAAAUGUAUACUUAAAUGUAAAAAUAAUAAUUUGAAUGAUACAUAUAGUGAGGAUCCUAUGAAAAACGAUGAUACUAUGUUAUUAACAGAAAAAAAUAAAAUCAUUGAUACUAAGAAUAACCUUUUAAAUGAUAAUAUAAAUAAUCUUAUAAAUGAUAAUAAUGAAGCUACAGAAAAAGAGACUUCAUCAACGUGGUCCAAUUUUUUUUAUAAAAAAAAUAACAAGAAUAUAAAAGAUAAUUAUAAAGAUAAUAAUAAUAAUAAUAAUAAUGAUACCCAAGAUAAUAUUUCUUUACUUACAUCUAGUGAAACUAAUUUAGAAAAUUCAAAUGCAUUAAAUGAUAAUCUAAGUACACAUCUUAUUUAUGAUAAAAAUAAUUAUCAUAAUAAUAGUAAUUAUCAUAAUUAUAAAAUGAAAAACCUUUUAAUAGAUUCAAAAUUCAAAUAUAAUAAUAAAGAAAAGCAAAAUAAUAAUAUACAAGAUGAACAACAAGAUAAGAAUAAAAAUAUAUAUAAUAAACCAUUCCAUUUUUUUAAUUAUUUUAAUAAUUCAAAUAUAAAUACAGAUGAGAAUAAUAUAUAUAAUGAUAAUUUAACUAAUAAUGAUGAUAAAUAUAAUACUUUGAAAAAUAUAAAUAAUAAUAAUAAUAUUGUAUUAAAUAAAAAUGAUAUAGAUAAUGAUGAAAAUAAUAAUUAUAUAUCAACCGGUUUUUUCUUAUUCUUAUUAUUAAUAACAUUCUUUGUAUACUUAUCAGCAUUCACAAAUAUUAUUAAUCAAUUUUAUUUAUCAUUUAAAGAAAAAAUUUGUUUAUUUAUUAAAGGAAAAUAUAAAGGUACCUUUGACAAUGUAUAUGAAGAAUCUUGUGAAUCAUUUUUGCCAAAGAUUCAAUAUAAAAACAGCCAAAAUAAUAAUAAUGAUCAUAAUUUCUGUCAGUCAUAUGAAAAUACCUAUCAUUCCUUUCAAGAGAAUUCCUUUGACAUAGCAUAG